AUUAAAAGGUGUAUUAAAAACUAUAGCAUACUUCCGGUAGAUCGGAAGUGGCAGCCACCUUAAAAAUAUUUUAGAUCGAAAGUUAAUAUAAUUAAUUAAUUAAUAUAAUCGAAAGUUAACUUAAUUUGGAUUAUAGCUACAAAUUAAUUUUAAAAAUUAAUAAGAAAAAAAAUAUUUAUUGAAUGUUUAGUUUUCCGCUGAUUUCAGGGCGAAAUGAAAAUAUCUCCCGGAUUUUACGGCCAAUUAAUAACAUUGUUAGGCGGUUUAGCGCAAGGACGUCAAGUUGUAUGUUUAGAAGGUGGUUAUUUUUUGGAAUCAUUAGCAGAAGGAGCAGCUAUGUCCGUAAAAAGUUUGUUGGAUGAUGCACCAGGGAUGGUAAAACCAUUUGGAAAGCCAGAAGAACAUAUAAUCGACGUUAUCAAUAAUUUACGAUUUAUAUUGCAACCGUUUUGGAAAUGUUUUGAGUCAUUUCCUCAAAGAAAUGAAUGUGUAAAUGAUCCACAUAGAGUUAUGGUGAAAUAUUUAGGUGUUCGACUCACCGCACCCUUUUUAACACACGAUUGUUAUCCAGUACAAUGCGAAUUUAUAAACGAACAAUUCGCAGAAGUUGUGGAUGAAUAUAGAAAGGAAUAUUCUGAGCCAACAGGAAAUGGAAUUUGUUACGCUUUCGAUGAAGUCAUGUUUGAACAUAAAACGCCCGAAAAUUUUCCAGAACGACCCGAAAGAUUGAUAAAAUUAUAUGAAAAAUUUACCGAGCUAAAAUUGCACGAACGAUUAAUUAAAGUUUCUACUCGUAAAGCAACGGAAGAUGAACUGCUUUUAAUUCACGAUAAAGAAUAUAUCGAUUCAUUAAUUAAUUCCAAAUUAUAUACCGCCACUAGAGACGUUUAUUUCACCCCAGAAAGUUUACCGCCAAUUUUAACAUCCGCCGGGUGUUUAUUAAACGUCGUCGACCAAGUUAUGACAAAUAAAUCAAGAGCGGGUGUGGCUAUGAUUCGCCCACCAGGUCAUCACGCUGAAAAACACCAACCAAUGGGUUUUUGUUUCAUCAAUAACAUCGCAUUAGCGGCUAAAUACAUUUUAACAAAAUACAAAACAAAACGGAUAUUAAUUUUGGAUUUUGAUGUUCAUCAUGGAAACGGAACUCAAAAAGCUUUUUAUAAUUCUAAAGAAGUUUUAUAUAUCAGCGUUCAUCAAUAUAAUAAUGGCAACUUUUUUCCUAAUGGAUCUGAUGGGAAUUUUAAUAUGCAUGGCGAAGGACGUGGAGUUGGAUAUAAUGUUAACAUUCCAUUUAAUAAGGAAAACCCUUCAGAUUUUAUGACGGAUACCGAAUACAUAACAAUAUUCAAUCAUAUAAUACUCCCAAUAUCUUAUUCAUUCGGACCGGAAGUAAUAUUAGUCUCCGCCGGAUUCGACGCUGGUCUCGACGAUCCGAUCGGUCAUUAUCGCGUAACUCCAGAAGCUUUCGGUCAUUUCAUCCAACUAUUAAAACCUUUAGCAAGAGGAAAAAUGAUUUUGUCUUUGGAAGGGGGAUACAACGUAAAUACAGUUGCAUACUCAAUGACGAUGUGUAUCAAAGCUUUGCUAGGAGACCCUUUGCCGUCAUUGGAAAUUGGAAAAAUUCGGAAAAGCGCGUUAGAAACCUUGGAAAAGGUUAUAAACGUCCAAAAGCGUUUUUGGCCUAUUCUGCAAGUUAGAAAGGAAUUACCGGAGGGUGUGGAAAGUUUAACUCUUUUGGGACCAGAGGGUUUAAUAGUUAUUGAUAGCCCUGAUAUUGAGAUGCUUCAGAAGAUUGGCGUUAAUGAUGACAACAAAAAAAAAAAAAUGGAAGGAGCCCGAAAAAAGGAGUCAAUUGGGCAGAUGAAAGCAAGAAUGCGUUUGGCAAAGAAACUUGAAGUUGUUACAGUUGAAGAUCCCUUUGAAAAAUGUGAUAAGAUUAGUGGUCUCGUUCGAAAAAGAACAGGCUUAACAUAUGACGAUAAUAUGGCUCUUCAUGAGUGUCCUUGGGAUGAGCAUUAUCCUGAAAAUCCUUUAAGAUAUAUCAGAAUCUUCGAUCGUUUUGUUGAGUUGGACCUAAUAAAUAGAUGCCAACAAAUCCCAUCAGAAAUGAUUACAAAUGAUCUGGUUGAAGUAGUUCAUUCAAAAAAUACUUACGAAAAAUUAAAUAAAAUAAUGGGGUUGGUAGAAGAAGAUAUGCAAAAAGAAGCUUCCAAAUAUGAUGCAAUAUACUUUAAUGAUAAUACUUUUGAAGCAGCUUGUAUUGCAGCAGGUUCAGUAAUGAAUGCAGUUAAAUCAGUUUGUACAGGGGAAACCCAAAAUGCUUUUGCACUUGUAAGACCUCCAGGACAUCAUGCAAUGUUUGAUGAAUACUGUGGUUAUUGUUACUUUAAUAAUGUAGCAAUAGGUGCAAAGGUAGCCUUGAAAAAUGGUUGGGCUGAGAAGAUUUUAAUUGUGGAUUUUGAUGUUCACCAUGGGCAAGCGACCCAACAAAUGUUUUAUGAUGAUGAUAGUGUUUUAUAUUUCUCCCUGCAUCGGUACGAACAUGGAACAUUUUGGCCCAAUUUGCGUGAGAGUAAUUUUGAUUUUAUUGGAGGUGGAAAAGGUAAAGGAUAUAAUGUGAAUGUUCCACUCAAUUGUACAGGCUUAGAAGAUAAGGAUUAUUUUGCUGUGAUAUUUAAUAUUUUACUUCCCAUAGCGUAUGAGUUUAAUCCAGAUCUUGUUAUUUUUUCUGCUGGAUUUGAUUCAGCUAUUGGCGAUGAAAAGGUCGGUUUAACAUAAAAAUAUGUUAAUUUGACUAAAUUUAAAUCAAUUUUUGAAUAAAUCUAACCUCAUUUUCGGAAUAUUAACAACAUACAGGGU